AUGUCGCUGCGGAGGCGGAACGCGAAAAAGCAACAAAGGCCGCGGCCAUGCAAAGCUACACAUGGUCGAGAGGCGGGUGGCGGAGGUGAUGAUGCUGAAAUGGCGGGUGAAUAUAAUGGUGGUGGUUUUUGGGAGGAUAACGUGGACGUGAACGAGGCGGAUUAUGAGGAGGACGAUGGAGGGGAUGCUGCAGAGGGGGAAGAGGAGGAGGACGGGUAUGAGGACGAGGACGAGGCAGGUGAUGGCGAGGAUGAAGAGGAUGAGGGGGAUGGGCAAGAGGACGACGAGGGGAGUGGGGAUGACUCCGAAGAAGAGGUGUACGUCGGGAACGUUGAGGAGGCCGAGGAAGGUGACGAGGCUUUGGAUCUCGAUGACCUUGUCGAUGAAGAAGAGGAUGUGGACGUUGAGGUGCAAGCUAAGAAGAAGAGACGGCGUGGCGCUGGUGGUGGACGGGGGAAAGGUGGUGGGCGCGGAAGGGGUGGUGGGCGGGGGAGAGGUGGUGGACGUGGAAAGGACCCGCCUGUGACUCCAUCUGCUACCCCGCAUGCCAAACCAUCUAAACCCGUCAAUAUUAAGGGUAAGGUGACGCGAUGCUUCGACAAGAUCGAAGGGGACCCGAAGGAGAGGCGCAACUGUCGCAAAUGCGGCAACCCAAUUUCCUUUGUUGGUACCAACUGCACUACAGGGCUGAAUCACAUGCUCUCUCAGCACAAGGCUCACUACGAUAUCUGGCUACGCAAGUUUUUUGGGGGGGAGGUGGGGCCCAAGGAUAUGUUCCCGAAGGGUGGUUAUGGAGUGGACAAUGAGGUUCCAGAUGGGGGGAAAUCGUGGGAGGGAUCGGCCACGUGGCCUGCGCCACCGCCAGGGGCAGGGGUCGCGGCCAGGACGGGCCAGCAGGUGUUGGAGAAGUGGUACCCGGGUCGCUUCGACAAAGACUUCCUGCAGCAGGCCAUCGUUGAGUUCGUGGUCGCCACCGACCAAGCGUUCAGCGUGGUCGAGCAUCCGACGUUUCGCCACCUAAUGAUUGCCGCGAACCCCGAGUGUGCGGUACAGCACACCAUUCCCUCCCGCACCACACUAGCCCGCCAGAUCAUGCGCUUGGCAGGAUUGGCCAAGAGUAAGAUGAGGGAGGAGUUGCUGGCCGAGGGUGCAGGGGCAGUGGCCCUGACCACGGACAUGUGGACAGGCACUGACGGUCGCUCAUACAUGUCAGUGACAGGUCACUCGCUCACUGACAAGUUCCAGUUGAGGCAGGUCACCCUCGCUUUCCGUGCUAUCCCGUCUGGCGACCACACGGGCAAGAAGAUCAUUCAGAUCUUGGAGGACGUGGUGAAGGAGUGGAACCUGGAUGGACGAUGCAUUGCUAUCACGUCCGACAACGCUUCGGCCAACGUCUCGGCCAUGGAGCAUCUGUGCCGUGCGCGCGAGCCGCCCAUGUUUUCGUCCGGCAUGCAUGUCCGGUGUCUCGCACAUAUCUGCAACCUAGCUAUCCAGCUAGCGUUGAAGAAGGUGGUCGACAUUAAGGAGCCCUUGGGCCUCAUUCGAGACCUUGCGUCCUUCAUUGGCUACUCGCCAAAGAGGACAGCGGCUUUCGAGGAGGCUCAAAGGGCCGAGAACAAAAAGGCCAAGAUCUUGAAGCUUCGCCAGGACAACGAGGUCAGAUGGGGCUCGACCUACAUCAUGCUCGAGCGCGCGAUCAAACUGCGGCAUGCGAUCGACCGAUUUUGCCGCGGCACCGAGGACAUGAGCGAAGAAGCGGUCGCACGCCUCAAGGACCUCACCAUCACCCCCGUGAUGUGGACGGCCCUGGAGGAGCUCGCUGACUUCCUGCGACCCUUUGCUCUUACCCUUUGCGGCCGAGGGGUCCAAGUACCCCACGAUCAACAUGGGUUCAACGAACUGCUGGACACCCUGGAGGGGAUUAGGGACAAUGAGUCACUCCCUCCCUCCAGGAUCAUGAAGGAGUGCAUCAACCUGGCUUUGGGAAAGCUGAACGAGUACUACUCUGGCAGCCCUGACGAGUUGUGGAUUGCCACUUUUCUAGACCCGAGCUUCAAGCUCGGGUACUUUCAGAUGGGGAAGGAGGGGUCGACGGAGGGAGGGGGCCAGAACGCACAGCACGUGGCUGCCGAGCAGGUUCUGGAACUUGUGCGGGCGAAGUGGCGCCCGUACAAGGACAAGGCGGUCGCCCUGCGGGAGAAGAGGGAGGGAGGACGGUCAUCUGCUGGGGCGAGUGGCCGGGUUGGCAUAGAGGGGGGCAGCAGCAUCGCCCGGGAUGGUGGAGGAGCCGGCAGCAGCAAGGGGGGGAAAGGCCUUGCGAACGAUGCCUUUGGGGGUGUUGUGGGGGAUCAGUCGAGUUUGAUGGCACGCCUGGCUGCCUUCCGAAGCCGACAGGCAGUGACGAUCAAAGACGAGAUUCAAGACUAUAUCAAUGAGCAGAUGGAGCCCAUGGGAGUCGACCCCCUUGCGUAUUAG